AAGAACUCGAUUGAGUAGAAUUGAGCCGUGGGAACGACGCUUGCGCAGAGAGAGGGGGAGGAAAGCGAGCUAUGCAAAUGAGAAUUGACUCUAGGAGCAGUUGCAAGCAGACCCGGGGAGCUGCACAACGAGGUUGCGGAGUCCGCAGAGGGGGGAGCUCAUCGCGCACAACACACCACGCUAUUGAUUUGUUGGGGGCUGCAGUUCAGAGGGUGAAGCCAUGAGGAACCAGCUCCAGCCUCCCCGCAGCAGGAGCAGCAAGCGGCGGCCGCUCAGCGUAGGAUGAGGCUCCAGCAGAGAAGAAAAGAUGUUUGGUUUCCAUAAACCAAAGAUGUACCGGAGUAUAGAGGGUUGCUGUAUCUGCAGAGCAAAGUCUUCCAGCUCUCGUUUCACUGAUAGUAAACGAUAUGAAAAAGACUUCCAGAAUUGCUUUGGGCUCCAUGAAGUCCGCUCAGGAGACAUCUGCAAUGCGUGUGUCCUUUUGGUGAAAAGAUGGAAAAAACUGCCAGCAGGAUCAAAGAAAAACUGGAAUCACGUGGUGGAUGCAAGGGCUGGACCCAGUCUUAAAACAACACUGAAACCAAAGAAAAUGAAAACUCUCUCUGGAAGCAGAAUAAAGAGCAAUCAAAUCAGCAAACUGCAAAAGGAAUUCAAACGGCACAACUCUGAUGCCCACAGCACCACCUCAAGUGCCUCCCCAGCUCAGUCUCCCUGUUACAGUAACCAGUCUGAUGAUGGCUCUGACACCGAGAUGAGCCCUGGAUCCAGCAGAACACCAGUCUUCUCCUUUUUAGAUCUCACAUACUGGAAAAGGCAAAAAGUUUGCUGUGGAAUAAUUUACAAAGGGCGUUUCGGGGAAGUCCUCAUAGACACUCAUCUCUUCAAACCUUGCUGUAGCAAUAAGAAGUCAACAACUGAGAAGCCUGAACAACAGGGACCCCAAUCUCCAGCCAUCUCCAACCAGGAAGAAUGGUGACUUCCUUGGCUAACUGUAGGAAGGUGUAUACAGAGCCUCUUAUUGUCUGGAAAAUGCUAGAAAGUGACCCUUUGUUCACUAUGGACACCUGCUAUGCUGCCAAAAGACUACUCCUUAGAACUGUUUUGGUGUUUUUACUGCUACGAUUCCACAAACUCUCAAGCCAGUUUUUAUCUUUUCAGGAAGACUACAUAAUAUUUAACAUACCAUGGAACACUUAGCAAAGCUGAAUGCUGCUGCGAGGUUGUCUUUAAGGGCUUUUUGUUUUUGUUUCUUUCCCCUACCCAUCCCUUCCAUGAACGAACUUUUGAGGGUGGGUUUUGUUGUAUAAUAAAGUGUAUGUAGUUAAUAUUUCUGUACUGAGAGAAGCAGUGGUUGUGUCAGGCAUUUUUUAAGUUGAUAAACACCCUCCCCAACCAGAGAGAAUAUUUCAUUUGAUAUGUGUGAUUCAGUGACAUGGACUUAUACAUAGACGUUUUUAACUCUUUACAAUAUUUUCAUUUGUGUGUAUUUUAAAAGGUGUGGAGAGCUAAACCUGUACUACUGACAUUUUAACUAAGACAAAUAGUUUCAUCAUUCCUGUAUGGCAAGGCCAGGUAAUGGCAGACACCAGUAAUGUGAGCAAUGCUCGUGCAAGACUACCUAAAUGUUAAAUAUUCAAGAAGAGUGGAGAGGGAAGGCACACUGUCUACACAUCUGUAUAGACCCUCCCAGUUCCUCCUUAGCUAAGAACUGAAUGCAGUAAACCAAUAAAUGACAACCCAAAAGCAAGCACUGGGGCUUGUGCAGUACUGGCAUGUGAUUAGACUGAGAGAUGGACCAUGGAGGCCGCCUUGGGUCCAGAUUAGGUGUAGAUUUGGGGUUGGAAUUGUUGAAUUCUCACAGGAUGCUCUCAUACAUUUUUCUGCCAUUUCUAGGCCCUUUCCUGGUUUUGAACAUGACACAGAACCAAAACCAUUGUGUGGGGGGCCAGCUUUCUGUCCCAGGAAUUGAAACAAAACAAUCCAAGCAUAAAAUUCAGUGGGGUUCAGAUUCCUGUUUUGGACCCUUCCGGUCUUGUGAACUUUAUGCAUGUUUAUACUGCAAUCCCAGGGUGUGAUUUAAUCCAGCUAGCUCCGGUACCAGAGCAGUGAAGCUGUGGCAGAGUGACUCCACAGGGCUGUCCAACUGAGUGGCUGCCCAGGAUGCUGGGCAGCCUUGUACAGCCCUCACUGAAGCCCAUGCUGCCACAGCUACACUGCUGUUGGUACCCGAGUUAGGUAGAGCAAAGCUAGCUGGGUACGUCCAUGAGCUGCAGUCACACCCUGUCAUUGCAGUAUAGACAUGCCCUGUGUAUUUUACACACACACGCUCCCCAAAGCAACGUUUCCGUGCACACUGGACCUAUUGUAAAUUCUGUAAGUGCUGUUAAAAAUUACUCCAUUCUAAAUAGAGGCAGCUCUGUGUGCAUGUGAUUGGCUAAACAAAUCCUAUGCACAUUCCUGUAAAACUUAUGUGCAAAUGAUUAUGGCAUUGCUUUAUGCUCCGAAUUUGUCUUUAGGGUAAAAAAAGCUUUCUCAAUGAGUAUGCUGCAGUUUUAGCUCCUGGUUGUUUCAUGUUACCUUUAUGAAGAAGUAACUUAAACAAUGUGGGAAGUGGACUUUUUUGAUCUUUGGGGAUGUUCUGCAAUGGGCUGCUAGAAACUUGAGUUUUCUUCUGUUUGUCUUUACUAUUAAAUUUUGGUGGGAAGGCUGAGGGUUGGUUUGUAAGCAAAUUUCAAUGCAAGCUCACUUGCUGAAAGGCAAACAUUCAGGGGAUGAAAAUAGAGCUACAGAAAGUUAUUCCCCAAUCCUCCCCCACCCUCAAAGCAGAAAGUUAGUGUUGGGUUUUGGGUUUUUUGUUUUUUUUUGUUUUUUUCCCUUCUAUUAUAUAAAUAAAAUUUCUUAGUGGGAUGUCAGGGAAAAUGGAGAUUUGUUUUAGUCUCCCCUCUUUUUGUCUUUUUUGUUCCCCAUAAAUCCAUUGACUAAAAUCUAAAGGGAGGAUAAAACUACGUAGUGUACCUUCACCUGCAAUCAAAUGGACAGUUAAAAUGGCUGCUUUGCUCAGUCUGUCUCCAGAGACUCAUGCAAGAGUCUCAGCCAGCUGUAUCUACAUACCAACUUACAAUUGAGUUAGUCUCAAUGAUUUUCUAUACUUAUCGCUGCAGUACUGGUGGUAGGAUGUGCUAUAAUGUGGAUCAUCUCUACUUCUGUAUUUAUUUAUUUAUUGCUAGACUUCAACCAUAGACUGCUUCCCCUCCUCCCAUCUCUUCCUUUCCCUGUAGUAAUGCAAGAUGAACUGUCUGUAGUCAUGCACUUUGUAUUAAUGUAUUAGAAAUCUAUGGAACCUGUUUUGUACUUUUUUAUACUGUCCAUACACUUGUAAUCCAAACUUUUUUUUUACUAGGGUAAUGAAUAAAUUUAGACUUAUUUAGAAAAAUAAAGCAUUUUUCUUCUGGA